GUUAGCAAAAUGUUGAAACUACUGGCGUUUGCUCUCGUACUAAUCGCAUCGGUUCUCUCCGAGCCCAAGCCCGAUCUCACGGUACCGGCUACUAUCACGGGCGUCUCCAUCGGUAGCUUGGACACCAACGGGAACAUCGUCGCCAACGUGGACCGCAUCCUGGCAACCCUGAAUCAAUUCCAAUCCAUUGUCCAAAGUUUGUACUACAUCAAAUCGCCUGAAUAUACAGCUGCGGCUGAUAACUUCCGCUACGUGAUGGACAGUUUGGUGGAAGCCGGCGGUCCCAUCUUCCAAGCACUGUCUAACGUUGCGAAGGUCUCCUCUGGGAACGUCGAACGAUCCUUCGAUGGAAUCCGUUCCGACAUCAAUUACGCCGUCGAGCUGAACGAUGAGCAUUUGAGUCUGGUAAAUCAAACUCGAACAAUCCUUGGCGACAGAACAGCGAACUACUUCGAUGGGACCCUCAGCAAGCUGGCAGCUAACCUGGGAAACGUCACCGAUCUGUUGAAUAACAUCCAAAAAGCGGUCGUACAGAUCCGACAGCUGAAUCCUCGGACGCAGGCAGCCGUAAACGGGCUACUUCCGAACUCCGACAUUAAAGCGUUGAAUGCCAUACUCAGACAGUACAUUCAGAUUGGCGAUGCUGCUAUUCCGGAAAUCCGAUCCGUGGUGAGCCGUGUACAGACUGUUGACAAUUUCCAAUCACGGCUUCGUUCGCUGUUUGAUCAGUACCGGCAAAGUCUUGACGCAUACGUCCAGCGAACCACUACACCGUACCUGAAUUCCUAUGUCAUCAGCGUUCUUUCAAACGGGUUGACUGACCUAAGGAAACAGCUGGUGGACAGAAAUUCAAAGGAUACUGUCACUGUGGCGAAUCUACUACUGAAUGGCAACAGUCUUUUGAAAGAAGCUGCCAACAGCACCAUUCCGGUUCUUCAGUCCCUUGCAGCGAACUUGUCAAAUAGUUUUGACGUCCUUCAAAAUCAAGUCAAGACGUUACGAGUUUCCGAAGAUUUACCAUACGCAGUGAUGAACAUGACCGAGAAUUCGCUUAACGAAGCCAUUCGCGAUAUAUCACUUAUGAUGACCCAGAGAGUCAACAAAUCGGAUAGCUGUUUCGCACGGUUCAACUACCAAUUCGAUACGAUCCCCAGGACAGUCUACGGGCUGCUGUACAGCUGCCUAUCCAGUACAAGAACCGAUUUGGCUCAGAUGGCUACCGCAAUGAACUACGUUGCCGGUUUGGUCAAGAUCGAUGUUAGCAAUGAACUCUCGUCGGUGGAGAACUGCGUCAAUAUGAUUACGCAAUACUCGACCGACAUGACGAAAUACCAAGCGGCUACCUGUUUGAAUGAGGUCCGGAAUUAUCUAGCAGGUCGGAAGGUCUACACGCAGCAGUUGGCCAACUAUCAACGGCUGCUGGAAAAUGAAGUUUCGUAUAGCGCCGGGAGGUACGACUUCUGCAUGAUGACUUCAUUGCGACAGGGCCACACGAUGGUCAACUAUCUGAAAGGCUCGAUUGGUGAAUGUGUAGGCAUUGCACCAACCGUGACGCCAUUCAAGUUCAAAAUUGGCGGCAAAGUAACCAUCCGAUUCGGAUAAACAUAAAAAUAAUCUAGUUAUCAUUGAAUUGUAAAGAAUCAUUCGGCAAAUAUACCAUCAUAGCAAUCUA